GGGAAUCACUUUGACCAGUAUGAAGAAGGCCAGUUGGAGCUGGAGCAGGCGUCCCUGGACAAGCCUAUCGAAUCGGUAAGGUUGCAUCCAUCGUCCCUCACCAUUGGACCAGCUGUGAGAGUGGAUAUGAUUGGUCCAGGGAGGAAUAAGAACCACACCUUUACUCCAUGCUGUGUAGAUGCAUCUAGUGUUUUCUUGAACACACUUGGCACCUAACCUGUAGAAUCACUCGUCCAUUAAUACCCUUUAAUUCACUCCCACUUCUCAUGACCCCGACCUACUUCAUUUCUUCUGUGACAUAUAAAAAAAUGAUUUAUAUUCUAGAUCUUUCUGUUAGAUGUGCAGCCCACAUAUAACCAUUAGUUUUUUUUCUUUGUAACAGUCUAAUAUUAGUCAUUGUUAGUCAUCUUAGCAGAGAUAAACCUGAGAUGGACCUAUAAGCAUGAAGUGGAUGAAGCACUGUCAUAUUGGCUGUUAUCUCAACAUUGUAGCUGCUCAACAAUAUAAAACAAAGUAAUUUGGGGGGAAAAACAUAUUUGAAUAUUUCACAGCACUUUUAUUUGGAAAUUCUGCUAUCAGAAAUGAAGCCACAUUAGAUUUCAGUUUAAGAAAAGUUGUAUAUUUAAUAUUUUUUGCAUUAAGUAGAAAUUAUUAUUUAGCAAAACAAGGCAGUGCUUAUUCCAUGUUCUUUUUUUAAAAGAGGGUGCACAUUAGAUGGUGUGAAUGGGUACAUUUGUGUUUGACUGAGUGUUUGUUUAUGUAGUUUUUAGAAUGUACGUGUUGGUGUAUAGCAUUUGUAUUUAUAGGACAGUUAUCUUAUUGUACACAACUUGGGGUGUUCGACAUUUCUCUCCUGCAGCGAAUUGGCCCCCUAUUAGCUAAGCAGCAAUGACCCGGUUUGUAUUUGCACGCUCUGCUUCCUUACUCCUUAUCUUUAGGGUCCUUUGUAACGCUUCUUUAUCUUUCUUUCUCUACUUUUCUCUUUCUGUUUCACGACUGUCGCACCUGACAUCUUAUUCUCUCUCUCCAUCUCCCUCUCUCUCUCUCUUUCUUGCUCCCUCCCUUCUACACAGUGAUUCGGUGUACAGUACCCUCUGUCAUUCUGUGCUGGCAUGGUGCUUGUGCAACUGGGACUGCAUUUUACGCUGAAGAGGCAUAUUGAUAAUAGCGCAGGCAGCUCUCUUUUUCUGUCUUCCUCACUUUCUCCACCCUUCUUUCUGUCUUAAGCAUUUUGGUGAGCAGGCCAAACUCAGAAGUCCUCAAAAGUACCAGGAAACUUUUUCUCAAGAUUAUUAAUGCACUUUGUGAACCAGUCAGAUAGGAUCAGCAAUCUGGAUCUCAAGCUUACAUUUUUUUGAUAAUACUGAUAAUACUGUUAUUGUUGAAGACAAAUUAAAAAGUUAACUUUGAAUAGCUAAAUAAAGCUAGCCAAGGUGAGCAGGUAUUUCUGCAAACUUUUAUCUUGAAUUUUUUAUUUAAUAAUCAGUAGGAACUGUAGUACAAAUAUGAAACUCUACUUCCAUUUAAUUUACACAUUAUCUUGUAUCUGUUUUUAGUUUAACACGUUUGUCAUAACUUUGAGCGUCAGAAUGAAACACUCUCCCAACCAAACAAAACCAGUAUUUUGUCCAUGUGGGUGGUGGAGAAGUAAGAGGACAAGUAAGAGAGAGUGGUGGCCUGCUCACCUGGCUUUACCUAGCUGUUUUGCUCCUGCGCUAUUAUUUGUGGAGGGGGGCUGAGGAGCAUGCUGCAGCACCACACAGCUCCUCACACAUCUGUGGAAAAAACAGAAGCUGAGAAGUGUCACCUUAUCACCACUAUCAGGUUUCCUGUUAUAAUUUUUUGGUGCUCUAAAACAAGACACUCUUUAGUAUCAGAUGUAAAAUGGGUUUAAAAAAAUCUGAGAUGCUUUAAUUGGUAUAGUAAACGAUAAAUAUAACUUUUUUUUUUAAGUUAGCUUAAAAAAUAGAGAGCAAUAGAAAUGAUUAGCUUUUUACUUUUAAGCUCUUAGCCCACUAAUGCAGAACUGUAGAGCUGUUCAUAAGUGCUUCAACCCAGCUUUUCAGAACCCCUCCUUUGCCAUUAUUUGUGUGUGAAUUAUAGGCAGCUAGAGAUCUGUGGUAUUUUAUUGGGAUCUUUUUUAAUUCUUGUCUUACCCCUUUUGGUCUUUGCUAUUUUUCUCCUAACACUGUUUUGCAUUGCAUGUGUUAACUUGGUAGCAUUAAGCACUAUGUGCUCUCAACACUCUGUGUUGUUGUUGUUGUUUUUUUUUUUUUUUUAACUCGGACUCAUUCCUUAUUGUCUUUUAUCUCCCCCAGUCCCUUAAAUCUAUCAUCCACCUUCCUCUCUCCUAUUUGACCCGGUACCACAGCGAUAUGCAGUGGGCAGCCUCAGAGCCACAGAACAUGGACACUCACAGGAAGGAAACAUCUGUGAAUCCCAUAGAGAAACUAAAUUCAAGUCAAGAAGUUACUGUACAUGUUUUAAAUGUGUACAUGUAGUUACUGUGGCUCAAUAUGCUAUUUAAACCAUAGUUGUAUGAGUCAUUUUAAGUUUGUAGAGCUUAAUAUUGUUGAAAGUAUUGAACCAAAUACUUUCUCUUUUUAAAAAGACUUAUCUUGUUAAAUAUAAAACCACACACAGGAAAAGGCAUCAUUUUAAUAUUCAGUCAUUAAUUUUAGCACUACUUGAUUCACUUUUUGCGCAGGCUUUAAUGAUGUGAACAGAAGUUAUGAUUGUUGAAUGGUGUUGACUAAAAACCCAAUUCUAACCUCAAAUGCUUAAAUGUUAAAUAAAAUAAGUGAGGGGGAAAAUUAAGAAAUGAACAAAACAGAUGAUCUAUCACAGUAUUUGCGAUAGUCUGAAGUAUGUCCCAUCUUUGAAAUUGGGGCUUCAGAAUUAUAAGGUAAGUAUGUUUUUGAAUUUUUAUAUGUAAAUUAGUUAUUUUAAUAAGACAUUUCUGUUUUUUUUUUGUUUGUUUUUUUUAAAUUUCUCAACAUAUUUGAUAGUAGAAUCUUAAACUUUAUUUUUCUUGGUAAAAUAGAAGGCACCCAGGCCUUCUGUUUCACUCGCUUAGCUUGUUACUCCAAAGCAGUUGUUUUUGCUUUGUCUCACCUGUCACAUCUGACACUGACCAGUAUGUUCAGAUGUCUGAACUAAAGAGACUGCAAGGAGUUAAGAGGAGCAGAGCUUGCCCAAAAGCAGCUGCUCUUUGGUCUGGGCCUUUAGGAAAUGACAAAUGUGUGAUCUGUUUCUAAAAUAAAACAUUUAUAUAUAUUUAGGCAUGAAUACAUGUAACCAGGAUUCUUGAUCCUGAAGGUGGAUGAUUGCACAUAUUUUCCCAUUAAAAAACAGCAACCACUAAAUAACUACAUUCUCUGAGGUCUCUAGGUGGGGUCCCCUGCAUAUCACUUCCCUUAUCCAUAUCUUUUGCCAUGCACUGUGCCAAUGACAGCACAUUGCACACUUUUAUAAAAAAAAAAGCCCUUGUAGAUUUUUUUUGUUUUAACCUUUUGUUUAUUUUUUCCUUUUCUCCUGUUUUAACAGUCAGUUGGUGGAUUUAUUGAAAUGUCUGCCUUUUCUGUUUGUAUACAGUAUAAUGUUUGUUUCAAGGCAGAGAGAGAUUUGUAUUUUUAAGAUCUAGAGAAGCUAGCAGAAUUGCAGUUGAAAGCGUUUGGUCGGUUUCUUACGUUGUGUCACGUGUGACUGUUUUUUUGACAGCCCAGUAUUUUAAAGCCAGGUUCGUAUGGAAAUGCCUUCACUCCACUUGCACUGCUGUUGGACUCGCCGUCGUUGCUUUCAUCCGUCUGUCUAUUCUUUUGGUGCACUCAUCUGCUGUCCCAACACCCAGCGUACACGUCAUCUCUGGCCACCAACCUCCAUAGAGUUCAUUUUGACCUAAUCUGUUUACAGUCAAUAGAUGCACACUGUUGCUGCCUCCACCCUGUUCUACCUGGUUUGUUACUACAUUCUCCAAAAAUGAUUUGAAAUAUGGCUUAAGAUUUAAUAUUUCAGAUUAUUUAGCUGGACUGUUUUUGUCUGGUAUUUCCCAGUUCAUAGUUCUGAGUGAAUUUUAUUUAUUUUUCCUUUCAAGCGGCAUAUGAACCUCUGCAAAUGAUUAAAUAUUGGCAUACAUAAUGUUUCUGCACCUCGACACUGUAGCAAAUAAUUAGGAGACAGAGCGAAUGACGGGAAUAAUAUUUCCCAGAAACCUCACUUAGCUUUUCAGUACCGGGAAAGAAUAGAAAACUGCUAAACUUUAACAAGUCAUGCCUAGUUAGAUGUGUUGUUUCCUCUCUGCCAUGUGAUGUCCAGCACUAAUUACUUUUUUAUCGCUUCCUGUGGAGGAAAGGAUCUAAAUCAAACAAAGUACACAGGGUUUGGAAAAGCAUGAAUUGGAGGACAAAAUAACAGGACAACAGGAAGUGAGACUCUCAUUUCUUUAGAUAGCAGGAGGCACAAAUCAGUCACAUGGAUUUGUUUAUUCUAGUCAUCAUGGUAUGGCAUUUUAUAAUCUAAUAAUACAGCUAACUUUAGUUUUCUCCUUGAAAUGCAUUAAGGAGAGCAAAACCUGGUGACAAUAUGUGACUUAAAACGAAGGAUUAAGUCGAAUUUCCUCCACUUGCACCAUUGUGGACAGAGAUGCGAUGUGUGCCGUGUGUUUGAGGCCACCACUCCCUUCACAUGCUCUAACCUCUUACAAACCCAGCUCACUUCCAUCACCUGAAAACCCACCCUCAUCAUGGCUCAGCCUGCACUGUUCUGCCAAUUUUCCUGACCUCUUGUCAAACAGACCUAAUCAAGCAUUGUUGAGCCAUCCUCCCUCACUGUGCCUGAUCCAUCCGAUACUAACUCAGCUGGAGUUUUGUUCACCUGUCCUCUACUCCCCUUCCCCAACCACCCGACUGUAUGUGUACCACUCACAGUGCGCUUACUAACACCGACGACCCUUUUUGUUAAAACAAUUUAACAAAAAGCUGCAUGCUUUUUUUUUUUUGUUUUAGUUUUAUUCCUUCCCCUCACUUUCUGUUUGUGAAAGUCGACGUCAGUCUCUUUGUGAUUAUAAAUAUCCUUUCUGUUUGGUUUGUAUGGUUUUUUUUUGUUUGUUUUUUUUUUUGGAUAGAAUGCAGCAUUCUGGUGAAUGUUAGACAAGCUUGGAAUAGUUAUAAUCACAACAGAAAACACUGCUUAUAAAGAAAUGUCACUGUUUCUUGUUUAUAUGUGCUUGAGGAUGUACUAUAGUGUGUAGUGGUGGGAUGGUCUUGCAUUUCACUUUAAUGUUUUUGUUACCUCGCUUACCAAUACUAGUGAAAUAACAUGACUUGCUCAAUGGCCCUACAGUGUACUAAAAAAUGCUCUUGUGCAUGUUUUUGAAUGUCUCUCAAACUCCUUUUGCUCAUUAUCAGUUGUCAGAUCCAACCAAGAUUGUUGAUUAUAGGAAUCUUGAGCAGAAAUGUGAAAAUGUGUAUAGGUUACAGCAGAUUUCCAAAUUGUUGCUCAUUGUUGGUGUGAAAAUGGUUGGAAUCUGACAAGUCAUGAUGUAAAUGCAAGAAGCGUCCAAAAACGUGCUCAACAGUCAUUUUGGUAUAUCUAAUGGGUUUUGAAGUACACUGUCGUCCUUUUCAUCUGCACACCCACUGAGCCCUUCACACAUGCAUAAUCAGUCCACUCUGGGCCUUGUAAUGGUAAUCCAAGGCCCAAAAGCUCCACUUCUGUCUGUUUCUUUUGCUCUAUUUUUGUGACAGUUGAAUGUCUCAUGGUGCUCCCCUUGUCAUGGUUACGGAAUCACAGCAAGCUUGGAGUUUCUGGUUUUCAUUUUGUUAUUGCUAGAUUUCCAUACCUGUUCCGUGUCGCUUUUCUUUGUGUACGAAGAUCCUGCGCUGUAGUGUGUCAUAUAUGUAUGCGUGCGAUACAUAUAUUGCCCUCUCCUUCCUCCUCCUCCUUCUAACUUCUUACAUAGUGGAUGUUAUUUGAUGUGUUUAUCUUGAUAAUAAAUGAUAGUUGUUUUUCUUUUUGCCUGAAAAACGUCUCAAAAUACACUCAUGAUGUAGGAGUAAACCCUGUAGGUUGCAGACCACACAGAGACUCAUGCAUUUACUUAACAUAGAGGCAAUCUUACCCUUCAACUCAAGUCUCCCAGCCUUUUUAUCCCUCUCCCCAACUGCCCUAACACUCCUUAUGCUGGAGGACACUGAUUGUUACACGCUGUAGGUGAUGACAAUAAUGAUAAUGGUGAUGGUGGUGGUGGUUGUGCUUAUGAUAAUAGUGUGAUUUGAGUGUUUUGUAUGUCUUGAUGUUUUCAUCCAUGCCCACAGGGUAUAGCUCCUCUUAUUAUUGGAAUAUUUUUGGUUUUUUUCUCCUCUCUUCUCUCUGCCAGGAUAACAUCGGGCACCGGCUGCUUCAGAAACAUGGAUGGAAGUUGGGGCAAGGACUUGGCAAGGCCAUGCAGGGUAAGGUUUGUUGGAUCCCUUCUCUAUGUCAGUAUGCAUGUGUGGGUGUGUUUUCUUUCUCCCACUCUGCAGUUGACCUAAGUGUAACACUCCUUUUACAGUGUAUCAUAGGCUAAUGGCCUCGGUCAGCUUCUUCCUCUUUGCUUCAUAAUCACUAAACCUUUAUUUCAAUCUGCUUAAGAGAAAAUGCUUCGAUUUGUUCCAACAAUCAAGAUCCAUGUGAAAUCAAGGUAGAUUUAGGAACCCAUGAUUCAUGAUUCACAUCCCCUAGAAUCAUCAUCUCCACAUAUUUUAGAUUUUUUUUCCCUCCCUCUUUGAGUUUCCGUGGCUGCUGUUGAAGUAAUCUGAUUGGCUGUAACCACGGCUCAGUCUCUGAAUGGCUUGCAGUGUAGAAAAGUUUCCCCCCUCUGCUUGUUUACCUGUUUCUACCUCUAAAACAGUGAAAGUCGUGUUUGUAUGUGCGUGGUCAUUAUGUGGGACUGAGAUGUGUGUGUGUCUGCUACUUACCGGGCAAUAGAGUCGACUUGCAGGGAAAACCUCUCCACCUUUUUACACUCCGAGUGUCUCUGUCCCCAUGGUACAGACUUCCAUCCUCCCCCCGUUUCUUUGCCCCUCCUGCACAGCAUGUUUGUCCAGAGGUGCGCUCCUGCUUGCCUCAAUCUCUUACUUGCCAGAGGCUUUAAGCAGUGUUGGAGGUAGGAUGCAGAAUCACAAUGUUCAAUAAAUAAAAACAAUGUAAAACUAAAAAAAACUGAUCCAUAGUUGUUGUUUAAAUCCUCCAGUACACCUAUGGCAUUGCAGAAAUGACUCUAAACACUGCUCAAAGCCUUGCUGGCUAUUCUUUCAGGUACGUUCCUAUGUUUCAUGUUUUUAUUUGUUGUGGGGUUAAGCACAUCCCAGACUGAGCUUGCUGGCUCUAGACUAGCCAGGACGAAGGAUCUUGAGGAGAGGUCCUUUCUGGGCUGACAAGCAUAGGCAAGGCAAAAAGCUUAGAGGGGGGAAAAUUGGGCUCUUCCCUAGAAGCAUUUGUCAUAUUUUAAAAGACAGCUUAGUUGAUUUAGGCACGGGUCAGUUGUUGUUAUUAUUAAGGUCAAUGUUCUUAAAAGCAAGUUAUAAUUACUUUUCCUUUAUAGAGUUUUUGUUGUUUAAAGUCCUUAUUAUGGUAUACCAGAGAAAGCCUCUGAAAAACUGAUCUACAUGGCCAAAAUAUCACAAAGACGAGCUGCAUCUGGUCAUUUAUAAAUUACAAGUGGAGACAGCAAUGUUCUGCAUCGCUGAGCUUUCAGGAAUGAAGCCAGUGCAACACGACAGGUGUGCUGAGACAUUGACAACAGCACCUGUCCAUAAAAUCUGUUGAAAAUCUCUCCAUACAGUACUUUUUAUAACAAUGAUGGUAGAGGAACAGGGUUUAUAAAUCCGAGCCGAGGAGAUGCUUGGAAUUUAAGCUUUUAAAUUAAACUACCAGCUUGUCACACAAACUAUGUUUUAUCACUGAAUCAUUUCCUCAAGAUAAAAUAGCCAGUGGGGCUGUGGCUACCUCACAUGGCUAGUCAGGGUCAUAACACAGAGGAGCAACUUCAACCCUUGGAGCUUUAAGAUUAAGCACCUGCAUAAUUAAUAUAAACAGUAUUUAUUCUUUACUAAUACUUCUGUAACACUUUUAUAUUAACUCUGUAGUUAGUUGUGUAUAGCAAACCUACUACAUCUGCAAGAGUUGGCUCACAACAGGCAGAUGUUUCCUUCAGAGACACUUAUUGUUCAAAAGGAGACCUGUUAUAGAAAACAUUGUUCAUGUUGUCAGAACUGGCACAUGCUUGAUUGAGACUAACCAGUGCUGUCUUCCAUCUCCCACAUUCUGCUGCACACUGCUGAGCAGCUGGCUUUUGCACUUUUUCCCCUUGCUUACAAGAAAGAAAAAUGAAGCUGUAUGAACAUAUUUUUAAUUGACUAAAGUCAGUUAUGAUGUGAAGCUGUCCUGCUUAUGUUAAAUACUAAUUCUAAUAAAAAUAAUGCUUCUACAACAGCAAGUUAGAAGCAGCAUCUCUGCUGAGAUGUCUGCAGACUGGCUACCUGAGCUGGUAGCCCAAUUUAUUAGGUAGUACAUGCUUGUUGUAAUCUAUUUCACUUAGGGAUGCAGCGAUAUAAAAAUUUGAGUCAAUAUCUAAUAUGAAUAUUGCUGUUAUGGCACCUGGUGUUGUCACUCUGACAUUGCUUCUCUGCUUCAGUUAAACACCCUGCAGUCUUGCCCUGCAUUGCUGUCACUGAUAUGAGCAAACAAAUACCACAUUGCCACUUUUCUUUUUUUUUUUCAGAUUUUUUUAAACUGGUCAUAUUUGUUUUAUAUAUUUAAGUUAAUACAGUUUUGCAAUGGAACAAUUGUAUUUUUCCCAAGCUUAUCAUCUUGUAAGGAUGUCCUGCUGGCCUGUGCCUAAAUGUAUUCAAUACUUAUUUUAAGUUGGGGGAGAGUCAUCCAGUAAUCUCUUUAUAAAAGGGUAAAUAUGUCUUAAUAGGCAUACAUAGGAUUCGUUGUUUGACGUACUGUCGCUGCUUUUUCCCUACAGGUUGUUGAUGAUCAGUAAUAUAGAACUUUCUAUAACCUGAACCAUUUAUCAUCGAUUCUUGUUUGCCAUUUUAGUGUUUUUCUGUGUUUUAUGCUGCCUGGUUUUUGAUAUGCAAUACACCUCUCCAUGUAGGGAAAAAUUAAAUUCGAAAUGUCUUGGUACCAUUUUAUUUUAAAGGUAACUUGUUGAUCUGUAAAACGACUAAAUGACAGUUACUGGUCACAACAUUCAGUAGUGGAAAAGCUUAGGUUUAGGGGAUGGUAGUCUGGCUUCUUGGGUUACAUUUUCAGUCAAAAUGCACAACAUCACUUUAGGGGCCUGGGGACUUGGACAAGCGGUUUGAAUGAGUGGUGAGAGGAGAUUCCUGUAAGCACCUAGCCCUGAGUAAAAGGACAUGGUGGGUGGGGGUGGGCGGUGACUCACGGAAGGCCCUCUGGUAAUAAAUGCCCUGAAGCCCCAUUACCACACACCCAACCCCAUCUGCCCUUCUCUGUGUGCCUCAAUCUUCCUGCUUAACCAAUUGGUGUUUCUUUUUUACAGCGAUUUGAUCCUGCCCAUGUUGUGCUGAUGGUAAACUUAGUGGACGCACCGACCCUGUGCCCAUUGUUCUUAAAUAUGAUGUCAUGGGGAUGGGCCGAAUGGAGAUGGAGCUGGACUAUGCAGAGGAUGCCACAGAGAAGCGGAGAGUGCUUGAAGUGGAAAAAGAGGAUACAGAAGAGCUGCGGCAAAAAUACAAGGACCAGGUGGAAAAAGAGAAAGCUAUCGCAAAAGCUUUGGAAGACCUGAGGGCGAAUUUCUACUGCGAGCUUUGUGACAAGCAGUACACUAAACACCAGGAAUUUGACAACCACAUUAACUCGUACGACCAUGCCCACAAACAGAGGUUAAAAGAGCUAAAGCAGAGAGAGUUUGCUCGCAAUGUGUCCUCCCGCUCUCGGAAAGAUGGAAAGAAGCAAGAGAAGAUGCUGCGUCGACUGCAUGAGUUGGCUGAGCAGAGGAAACAGGACAAACAGAACCGCACUCCUGGAAGUGGCCCCAUGUUCAAAACAACCACAGUUGCUGUUGAUGGUGAGAAAGAAGGAGAUGGGGAUGGCGUGCCACUUGAGAACCCCGUUUUUACAGAUUCCAUUAUUGAAGGUUCACCGUCAGAGAAAACUGGCCAAUCUUCCCCAAAGCCCAGCCCAACUUUAAAUUUUUCUCUGGGGAAGAACACAUCCACAUCCUCAUCUUCAUCUCCAACCCCUACUGGUGCAUCAAAAGUCAGUGUAUCAUUCUCUUUUGCGAAGAAAGCCCCAGUAAAGUUGGAGACGGCAGCGGCUGUGUUUGCUGAUCCUGGCGAGGAGGCUGUGGAGGAAGAGGAGAAUCAGGAAGGGGAAAAAGCUGGAGGACAAGAGGAGACAUCUGGCUGCAGCACAGAGAGUCCCAGAAGAGUACCUGAAGGAGAUGAAGGAGGGGAGAAAGGUGGUGCAGCUGGGGCAGAAGAUAUCCAGCAGCCUGAUGAUGGAGGCUCCUUGGCCUCGACUUUGAACAAACUUAAGAUGAUGAUGAAAAAGGAUGAAGGAUUUUGUGGACAAGAACCACAGUACUACCAUUACGUCCCACCAGCUCAUUGUCGUGUAAAGCCCAACUUCCAGUUUUUGUUGUUCAUGAAGGCUUCUGAGCAGUGCCAGAGCAAAGAUGAUGAGGAUGAAGAUGAAGUAGAGGAAGUUCAAAAAUCUGAAGAAAGCUCUGAUCCAACAGAGUCCAAAGAAACUGAGUGUAAAACUGAACAAGAACAAGGUGAGGAUGUGUCAGCAACUGAACCAGAACCAUCUCCUUUGUCGCCUAUGGUGAAGACGGAGGACAAGAUCUCUUCUUGUGAGCAAGAGACGGUUUCAACUGCUCCCACUUCUCCUACUCAGAAAGCAGAGAACACACAGAGCACACUCGAUACAAACACUGGUCCAAAAGUCCCAAUGGGUCCCUUCUUCCCCGUCCUGAGUAAAGAUGAAAGUACCACUUUACAGUGGCCUACGGAGCUUCUUGAAUUUACAAAAGCUCAGCCUUCACUAUCUUACAGCUGUAAUCCUCUCUACUUUGACUUUAAGCUUUCAAGAAAUAAAGGACUGCGUGGUGGGAAAUCAGCAAAGUCCCUCAAGCCUGGAGAAGAGGCUGAUGACAAAGGACAAGUUGUAGCUACUUCAACAGCUGAAGCCGCUGAAACCGAACCUGAAGCAUGCACUGAUAAAGAGACGCCUGAGAUGAAGGAAAAUCCCAGCCAGCCAGGACCCGAUGAGCAAAAUCCCACGACUGCCAGUAGUAGCACGAAAAAGAAGAAGAAGAAGAAGAAGCAUAAGAAAUCGGGAAAGCAUUCAAAACGCAAAGGAAAAGAAAAAGAUGCAGCUGGUGAUGCAGAAGAGAAUAUGGAGGCAACGCAAGAAAAGCCUAAAAAGAAGAAGAAACACAAACGGAAAAAGAGCAAAAACAAAGCUCAAGAUCAAGAAGAGGUGGCAGGUGAUGACAAAGAAAAAAUUAAACCAAAGUCAGAAGAUAAAGCUGCUGGUUCCUCUGCUCAGUCCACAGCUGGAAGAACAACAGGAGCAGAGCCAGGUAAAAGGAAACGCGCUGCAAAAGAAGUGCCUUCUAAAUCUGGAGCAGAACAAGGAGGAAGUGGAAAAAAUAACGACAAGAGCAACUCCUCAGAAGAUCACGGUAGCUCUAAAAGACAAAAAACGGACUCGAGCGGAUCGCAAAACGCGUCAUGUUCUACCUCUGCUCAGAAAAGUCCAGGUCACGGUAGACCACCCAGCAGCGAGAGCGAGGAGGAAGGUGGCUCCAACACCCAGCAUUCACGUCAUCACAGGUCCAGCCCACGAGAGCAGCGGCGCCACCACAGCGAAGAGUCCAGACGGUCCCACAGCCGCUCAUCAAGGCGGGGAGAACGACGCGGCAGCAGCCGGCGGCGGCAUCGUGGCCAAACCUCCCGCAGUCGCUCCUACUCCAGCAGUUCUGGGCGCUCCUCAGCAAGAAGUAGCGCCUACAGUCACCGCAGCCGCAGUUACUCCGACAGCUACAGUGACUACAGCACGGAAGGCCGCCGGCGGAGGCGCUCUAAACGUUCAUCCGACUCAGAGUAUGAGCGGCGGGGCAGUCGAGGUCGCAGGCGAUCCAGAAGACAUCAAUACUCCUCUUCAUCCUCGGACGAUUCCCGCUCUCGUUCUCGCAGCUACAGCAGGAGGAAGCGGCACCGGCGGCACCACCACAGCAGCUCGAGAAGCUCCAGCAGCUGGAGUCGCAGCACCAGCACAAGAUCCUGGAGGCGAAGCUAUAGCCGGAGCCGAAGCUCAGCGAGUCGCUCCUCCAGUUCCAACAAAGGCUCGCCUCACCGACGGAGCACCAGGGGUCGGGCAGACAGCGACACAAAUCGCAGAGACUUCAACCGCUCUCGGAUUUAUCGCUCGCAGUCUCCCCGCACGUCAUCGCGAAGCCUCAAUCGGAGCCACACAUCCACUUCCCAGACUUUGAGGCCAGUCGGGUCUCGUGAUGCAGGGGAACACAAGAACAUGCUCACAGCGCGGCAGCUGCUCGAGAGGGUUCAGUCCAAGAAAAGUUCAGAGGAUUCUGCCUCCGGAACGAAAUCUGGGAUUAAGAUUAAGGAUCCACCACAGGGUUACUUUGGUCCUAAAUUACCACCAGCCCUGGGAAGCAAAGCCAUGUUGCCCCUCUUUGGUAAGCUGCAAGCAGGGAAGAAACCUUUGAUUCCCCUAACGAGACCCGAUGAGGGAGAGAAAUCAGGAACGGGGAAGGGUUCUGAAGCGGAUGGAGAGGUUAUCCUAGUAGAACCUAUAAGGGAGUUCCCUCCUCCUCCACCACCUCCAGCGCCACCAGUGCAGAAGGUCGAGGAGGUGCAGCAGAACACAGCAACACAGGAAGAGACACAGCAGCAGUCAGCUACAGAAGAGCAAGUACACCAAGAACCACAGCCACUCCUUGAACAAGAUCCUUCCAUGAUUAUGCCCCAGUAUCAAGCAGAUCCAGGUCAAGACCCCUCCCAGAACCCCAUGAUGGAGUCCAUCAUGCCUGAAAUGCAGCAACAGCAGCCGGUUCAUGGUUACCCUGUUUACCACCCCUCCAGUCUGGAGGAAGAUGGCAUCGAAGCGGAGGAGGAUGGCCUGGCGCCAUUGGAGAGUCAGCCAAUCACGUUCACGCCAGAGGAGAUGGAGAAGUACAGCAAGCUGCAACAGGCGGCGCAACAACACAUUCAGCAGCAGCUUCUGGCCAAGCAGGUCAAGGCCUUCCCCUCGGCUGCUGCUGCCGCUGCCGCCGCUGCUGCAGCAGCUGCUAACUUAGCCCCAGCGCCCCCUCCACCAGCCCUGCAGCAGAUCCACAUUCAGCAGCCAACCGUCUCUGUCGCCUCCGGCACAUCCAUCACGACUGUCCAACAUGCCAUCCUGCAGCACCACGCAGCCACCGCUGCUGCAAUGGGCAUCCACCCCGCACAUGCCCACCAUCCUCACCCUGCACAUGCUCAGCUAGCACAGGUGCAUCACAUUCCCCAGCACCACCUUACUCCCAUCUCCCUGUCCCCGUUAGGCCCCUCUCUUGGUCAUUCUUUGGGACACUCUCUGGGACAUGCGGGGCUUAUUCCUGCCCACCCAACAGCCUUCCUGUCCGGUCAGCCUAUUCAUAUUAUCCCUGCUUCUGCACUUCAUCACACACCCUUGGCUCUCCACCAUGUCCCGCACGCAGCCCUCUACCCAACACUAUUCGCACCUCGGCCGUCCCAGGCUGCUGCAGCGGCGGCUCUCCAGCUGCACCCACUUCUGCACCCAAUAUUCUCAGGACAGGACCUCCAACACCCGCCUAACCAUGGCUCUUGAGUGACGAUGGAUACAAAACAGGAUGUAAACACUUAGAACACUGACAGAGGUCUGCGACGAUCUUGAUUUAGGGAUGGGGAUGAAGUCUUUGCAUCAGUGUAUAGGAAGUCAGACAUGUUGUAAAAUCAGUUUUACAAUCAGACUAAAGUGGUCAUUAUGUGUUGCAGCCUGUGUUGGUUAAAAAAGGUGACACUAGCAUUUUAAUAUUGGUUUGUUUGGAUUUUAAAUUUUUUUCUUUUUCACUCAUGUUUCCUGUUUUAAAGGCAAGUUCAUAGUUGUAAUGAGACAUUCUGUUGAGAUUGUCUUAUAAACCAAUUGGGUCUGCAUUCUCAACCUCACUAACCACUGGAGUUUUUCUUUUGUUUUUUAGUUUUUCCUCAUUUAUGCAGUCAUAAUCUUUGCUAAGUUUGGCAUCCAAGGAGAUCCAUAAUGGUUGAGAUUAUAUAGAGGAUCAUGAUGAGACAGGACAUAGAUUUUGUUACAGAAACUAACAACUUCACCUCUGUUUUUGUGAUGGACUCAAUGAUGUGACACUUUUCCCCAUAUAACUACCUGCUCUUUAUUGAAUUCUUGGUCUCAAAAUAAUUUGUAUUGCUGUAGUUUGUACAUAUAUCAGUGUGUAAUGUGAAGAAGCCAGCUAUUGACUAUGAAAUGGCUAUGGUGUCUAAACUGGUAUGACGCUGUCACAAAAGAAGUCCUCUAAAUUUGCAGAAAUGUGGCAGAGGUUUGAACAUCUCUAAUACUCUGAGGCAAAACUCCUGUUUUCCCAUUGGAGGGUACGUGUGAAUGAAUUGCACUGAAAUCUGUACAUUGGGGUGGUGCUUGGGCAUCAUGUAACAAUAAGAUUGUAGUAUACUGCAAUAAUUGUAUUUUUAUUUUUAAAUUAUUUUCCAAAUGCUCUUCAGAAGAAGAGCUUUGUUUGGCUUUUUUCUGUAAUUUUGUAAAUAAAAAUGCUGUAGAUUAACCUAUUAACAUUCUGAAAAGGUUGACACUGCUGUUGGUAAAACAGUUGAAUUACAAGUUAGUUACAACAUGGAUAUGUGUUUUAUCAAGGUUGGUUCUUAAAAUGCUCCUGCUGAGGAUGGCUGGGUUCCCAGACAAGUUAUCUGUCAAAAAACAAAAGUUGUGACUCUUGUAUUUUUAAAAACAUAACUGUUUCAACAAAUAAAACUUUGAGUCCA